UUAAGGUUAUGUACAUAGUCAGUAAUUGGUCAUGGCACUUGAAAGAUAUUACGCAUCUUCAUUAUACAUAUAAAUAUUUACAGUGAAAUUGGCAAGAACUAAUGUUUGUGGUUGAUAGCGCAAUAAAUUUUCAUGAGCUUAUAAACUAAGUUAAAUAUCUUUUGACUUGUGAUGAUAGUAAAUAACAAUUUUGAGGUUAAGCGUUUCUUUACUGAAUAACAUAUUUUAACGAUACAGAAUCUUCAUUAUUUAAACAGCUUAGUUAUAAUUUUAUUCCAACUAUUGUUAGUGAAAAAAAGUUUAAUCUGAAGUGGCACCUGUAAAUAUGACUAUGGAUUAUUACUUCAUCUAACUUCUCCAACUCCUUAUUUAUAUCAUGAAGAGAAGACAAAGAAGACCUGUUUUAGAUAUUAACGGGGAGCAGUCUGACUCUCCUAGAAGACGCUGGCAAAACAAAUAUCAACAAAUUGCUGUUGAUCACCCUGAACAAAAUGGUUUACCUAGUAAUCCAUUAGUAAAUUUAUUGGGACAAUAUAAUUCUGAUAGUGAAACAGAAGACACAAAGCAAGAUUCUAAUAAAUUAGAUGACCAAGUUAAUGAUUUUUUCAAGGAGAUCCAACUUAUUGCUCCGGAGCAGCCAAAACCCAAUAUGAUGGAUAAAUUUGAUGGGAUUAAAUCAACCCCACAGAAACUUGUACCAAAUACAAAUCGACAACAAACAUUAUGGCAAGAAUGCUUUGAUGAGUCAACGGGUUACCCCUAUUACUGGCACACUGAAACUAAUGAAGUUACAUGGGAAAUGCCAGUAGAGAUGAGAUUAUUAAGAGAAAAUACUCAAGAAUCGACUACGCGUGUCUUGCAUGCGAUGCAAUGGGCCAAUUUUUCAUCGAAUACAUAUCCACAACCGCAAACCAACAUUCCUGAAGGAAUGAUACCUAAGGAAGUUGUCGCCAGAAACAGAAACAGACAAGUUGGUUCUCAACGCGAUCAGCCACAAAAAUUACAUAUUGAACAAGAAUCACCAACAAAAAGUGGUUUGAAGGACAAUGAUUUGGAUGAUGGGAAAAUUGAGAUGAUAACCUCUUUCGGAAAUGAUGAAAGUGAAUCAGAUGAAAGCGACAUUGAAUCUAAAACUCGUGAGAGAUCGAAAGAAACGGUUUCUGUGAAAAUGCGUCCAAAACCAGCAAGCGCGAAUACACAUCUAAUUUCUAAUAAGAAAGUUGAAGAUGUGUCCAAAAACUUGAAAAUUGGACCUGCUCUUCCACCAGGUAUUGUGCCAAUGGUGCAUGGUCCUGAAAAUGCCAGCUUAAAAGUAAGAAGAGAUAAUGCCAGACAAAGCCGAUCUGAAAGCAAUGAUGAGAGCGAAGUGAAGCAUUCUGAAACACAUAAUGUUCAGAAUUUAGUAUCGAAUGAGGAUUCUAUGAAAGCAUCUUUAAAGUCCGAAAUUAGGGAAAUAGAUAUAUCCCAAUAUUUGAAAAGUCAAGCAAAAGUGUCGCAAAGUGAUGUUUUGCAAUAUACAGAAGCUCCGAACAAAGAUAAAUAUGUUAAUAGUGUACAUUUUCAUGCUGAUAUUGACAUAACCAUGGAAUUGGAAGAAAAAACAAACAAUACAAGCUCGUUGGUAAAGUCAGAAAUAAAGGUACCUGUUACACCUGAAAAAGAAAUUAAGUUUUCUUUAGUAGCUGGCUACAGCGACGACUCGGAUGUUGAGGAAGAAAUUUCUCCUAAAAAAUCAACAAUUACUCCCCUGUUCCCUAGUGUGGAAUAUCAGCAAGAUAAAGGUAUCCUAACUACAUCGAGUGAAAAUUCCUGUAGUAAUGAUGGUGUAACAAAGAAGAUAGAAACUAAACACAGUGAAACGGGAAACGCUUGCAUUUAUGAAUAUAAAAACGAAAGCACUGAAAAGUUAUUAAAAGAAAACGGAGAAUCGCAGGAAAUGAAUGUGGAAUUGGAUACUGGCAAAGUAGAAAGUUUAGAAUCUGAAGAAGCUCAUCUUGCAAAAACGGAAUCAGAGCUUCCAAAACCAAACAAGUUUUUAGAAAAUUUAGAAACACCAGCGAAGGCGUUUCAAAGGAAAAAGCGUAUAGCGUUUGAUGUUACACCCAACAAAACCAAAUCAUUGGAUGCACAAAACGCAGCAACGAGUAAACCAGAAGCAAUAAGCACACCCUUUCCGACACUAAUAUCUACUGACAAUGACCGUCAUGGUUUAGGGUUCCAAAAAGAAUUACGUAGCGUGGAUCAUCAUGAGUUGAUUGAAACAAGUAAUGAGCAGCAAGAAAAAUCGAACACUUCUACAACUAAAAGUGGAAUCAGCUUUGUCAAAGGAGAAACUAUAAAUGUGAAAGAGGAAGACAGUGAAAAAAAUAAGGAAAUAAUCGAACUUAACAAACAAAAUCUCAAGUGCUUGACCGAAACCAUUAUGGAAAAAUUGAAGUUCUUAUCAGAAGGAAGUCAUACUGCGUCUGCAGUGCAGGUUAUGGCCAUACAACUGCAGACAUUGCUCGGCGCUUGGGAAGCUGGAGACCUGAAAGAAAACUACCUACAUAACUGGCUGACCGGUACGAGUCGUGAAUUGGGUCGCUUAGAGCAAGCAGCGGCACCCUCAGGAUGGGACUGCCAGUGGGAUAGAUCGCAUAAACGCUACUAUUAUCGGAACUCUACAAGCGGAGAGACUCAGUGGACUUAUCCGGAAGCUGAUGUAAUUGGUGGAACCGAAGAGAUGGAUCUGUGUACGACGCCUCCUCCACAAGACCAGGAGGAACCAGCUAUCAUAGAACAAGUCCAAACUGAUGCUCAAGGGGCCAAGAAUGAUUUAGUGGUGUUAGCAUCUGAAAGAGAUGAGAAAUCAGUGUCAAUGGAACAUGAUAAGAACGGGGAAGUCCUUCCAAAAAGUUCAAAAGAUUUGGAAGUUCCUCCACCACCACAAAUCUCUAGUCCUAGUCCACCACCACCGCCAAGAAUAUUCGCCGAGGAUUUAAAGAAAGGCAAAAAGCGACGAGGCAGUAUCAGCGAAAAGACUCCGGAUAUAAAGAAGAACAGAGUAGAUAAAGAGAUAACACCUACAUCUGACAUAAGACAGUCUGUCAAUCCACCCUUACCACCAUCACCGCCUAAACCAUCACAGCCACCAUUGCCUCCAUACUCACCUUUAGUGCAAAAUCCUCCAAAUAGCGAACCAUUGCCGCCAGGUGUAGAUGCACCAGACAUCACAUAUCCAAUGGCCAAUUCUGCGCUCGAGCCAACCGUAUUGUAUACGGCUGCUACACAACAAACGAACCCAAUUUAUGCAGCUACUAUUGGAGACACAGCUGUACCGAUUAUAGACCAUCAUGCUGCUAUUAUGCAAGGGCAACUUAUGCAUUACCCAGCGUACCAUCAACAUUUACAUAAUCAGGCUAUUAUAGCAGCAGCAAACAGACUCAGUGGCCAGGAAGCCGUUCAAUUUGUGGUGGCGGAUUAUACGCAAGUGUAUACGAAUAGUCAGAUAAUUGCGAAACCUCCUAUUAAAACACAGAGGGAAUCUUUGGGUUCUGCAUUAGAUUCAUUUUACAGUGAUAUUGCAUCUAUUGAGAAAACGAAUAUAGAACAGGAACAAGAAAUACCAGAGGUGGUGGCACCGGUAGAAUCUGUCCCGUCGCCUUCACAACCACAGGUGUCAAUCGAAACGCCACAAAUAGUAAUACCUGUUGAUUCUAUAAUUAGAGAAAAGAAAAAGAAAAAGGCUAAAAUUGGCGUCAGUAAAAAGCAGAAAGAGAUGUCCAGUAUGGUUGCAAAAUGGCAGAAAGCGCAACAGCAUUUCGAAGAUGGAAAUUGAAUUGAAAAAAAAUCAAUGAUAUUGUAAUGUUACUUGAACAUCUGUUAUACACUUUAACGCAGUGUAUAAUCUUAAAUACGCUGUUGAACUAAUGAAGUUGACAACAUUGAACAUGUACUAUAUUCUUUAGAAUUAUAAAUAAAAAUUUUAUAUACCAAAA